AUGUCCAAAGCUGCACAGCGCACACCGGAAGACGAGCCAGUCGUCUUCAACGCUAUUCGCGAAGGCAUCAACAGAGAAGAAAUCUGUGAGGGCAUAUGGAUGAAUCUGUACACGACAACCGACGCCCAAGAGGACUCGGCCGUUGCCUCGGAGACCUUGGACCAAGUUUUGGCGGGACUUGAAACCAGCGGCAUCGUUCUCAUAUAUCUCUGCUGGCAUUUAUCUCAACCCCCAGAAAUCCAACGACACCUCAGAGAGGAGCUGCUUAAGCUCGAGCGUCCCUCACAAUGGGACUUGAUGGCAUCGGGGAGCCUCCAGAUGCCAGACAGCUAG